UAAUUUUGGUAAUCCCCUUUUUAACGGAAAGCCCCAAAAAGAUCACGAUGUCGGCCUAGAGAGACCAGUCAUACCACUGUGCACUGUAUACACAACUGGAUCGAUACGAGGGCCUGUAUAUAGGGCCCUUAUGAUUAAUCUGGGGGAGACAGGGCCAAGGUGCCGAGCGAGCUGUGGUGAUUUAUUUCAAAACGACAGUGAUUAUUUGUAGCUGCGAAGUAUACAUCGACAAUACAGGCGAGUCAAGAAAAGCCUAGCAACUUGACCCUGUUUUCUGUCGACUCACGGUUAUUUACGUUGAUGGUGUCAUCAUCUUCCUGUGUACCCGGUCGCUAGGCUCUGGCUUGCCCUAUCGUCCUCUCUCCAGCCUGUUUUCAGUGGUGUGAUCUUUUAGACCGUGGAUCACGUCUGUGUGGGUUCAAGCCAUCAGUCCAUUCUACCGACACCGACUGUAACGACAAGCUAACCAUAGCAUGCCCUAAGCUGUGACAGGCCUACUCGUGAUCUGAGGUCUAAUUUAAACUCCUACGUCCGGCCCUAUGACAUGGCCCUAUGCAACAGCGCCCGGAACACACAGUGUUUCACAGCCAUUCAUUGUAACAUAAUGGCGAUGACUUGGUUCAUUCUUUGGGCCUUGUAUACAUCUAUCGUAUUGGGAGAUGCCGUGUGUGAUCUGGGUUCCAGAGUUGACACUAGUGAAACGUUUACCUCUGAGUCCGGAGUUGUUUGCCUCCGAUGCCCACCGGGCUCUCAUGUCCUACCAGGCAAACAAUGUUCCCCGAACUCAGUUGACCAUUGCAGAUGUUGCCCGGAUGAACAAUUUCAGCCUGACUUUGUAGAGAGCGUGCAAACUUGUGCAGACUGUAGCACAUGCCGACAGAAGGAAAUAGAAAUCCAAACGUGUUCAUCGACAGCCGACAGGAAAUGUGUCUGCGAGGACGGGAUGCACCAUGAUGUCGUGAAUGACAGGUGUGAACAUCACAGCCCUUGCAAGGAAGGUUACGGAAUGGUAUCUAAUGGGACGAGCACAAGUGACACAAAGUGUGAGCCGUGUCAAUCGAACAAAACCUACAGCAACAUGAGCUCUGCGUUGGAACCAUGCCAGCCGUGUUCUGUGUGCAAACCCGGCGAGUAUGUGACGAAGAGCUGUGUCCCUGAAACAGACACUAUCUGUGGACCUACGGAGGCUGAAGGUAACUCCCUGCCAUGGGUGGCGGCUCCGGUGGUGGGAUUUUUCGUCCUGGUCAUUAUUAUUGGGAUCAUCUUCUUCUUUUGCAGAACAUAUAGCACGAGCGAUCGGGCUGAAGGUGAAAGUGGAAAGAGUGGAAGGAAAGGAACUAAAGUUGAACCUAUCAUAACAGCAGCAGAGGAAGCUGAACCGAGAAAUUUGAGAGAAAAAAUCCAUCACUGCUUACUUGCAUUUAAUCGGCAUGUCAAUUUGACAAAGGAGCAAUUCGUAGACUGCAUAUCAAGUGACUACACUGAGAUAAGAGAACACCUAUCAGAUAUGAUCGGUGAAACUACAACUGAUAGCGGUACACUGACUGAUUCACGUGAACAACGGGACUGAUUUUGACCUCCAACUGCAACAACAACAACAACAUCAAGUGAGAGAGUGCGAUCUAAUAUGUUCAGACGCUUUUUCAGACUACAGAUUUCUUUUCACGCCUGCGUGUCCGAUAACGAGUGCAUGCCUUAUCAUCUGUCAAGCCGUGGGUCCUAACUUAGGCUUUUAUAAGUCUAUAGAGCACCCACACUUUUUUAUAAGUCUUGGUACACUUGAAAUAGACUCAACGGUAGACACAAAAACAAAAUGGACACAAAAAUAAUUUGUUAAAUUUAACAGAAAACCUCUUGUUUGCUUGGGAGAGACUAGAAUGCUGUCUGUUAUUGCGGCAGAUGGGACUUCAUCCUGACAUUUAAUGUGGAGAUUUCUUUCAAAAAAGGGUGUACAAAGUUUAACUUUAGGACGUGGUCACGUGCCCAGAGUACCACAUUCAAACAGAAUAAAGUCUUUGGUGACGUUGGUUUGAAAAAAAAAGGAUGCUCAGUUAGGAGGUCGUCAAAACUGAAGGAAUGUUUACAAACAGGUCACGUAGGAAGAAGUGACAUAUGCAGACAUGGCCUUUAUAGUAGGCUACAUGGCUCCUUUCCUAGGCGCAAUGGUGAGCUGAGCUGAUCUGAGAGUUGUCCACCAUGGUCACCUAUUUGAUCAGCUAUCACCAACAUGGGAUAACAUGCCACAAUCUGUGUAUCUAAAGGCAGUUUAUGGAAUUUUGAUCCAGGACAACGCUUGGCUGCAAGAGGCUGUGAUAUUUGUUGCUGUCAAUGUUGUGUUUGUGACUUUCUGUUAAGGGUAUCUCCACACACUGGCAUUUUUCGGGUAUAGCGUGCAGUAUACUAUAAAUUAUAUAACACUUUAUACAUUUAUUAUUGUGUUAAAGUGUUUACUUGGUGAUAAUUAUGUUUAGGUAUAUGUUUAGUUAUUAAUCGGAAUGUUUUGUUGGCUACUAAGUUUUCUCUAAUUAACCAUAUGCUUAGUAUUGUUUAUUAGAAAUGUGACAGGUGGUCACAAUGAUUGUGUAAAGUUAUCUCCCCUUCUUACUUCUCUGCACGUCGAAGAUGGCAACAGACCCCCAUUAAUUUUCCAUAAGCGACAAUGUUAACGUUUAGCGCUCAGCCCCAAACAUUCCGUGGCCAGUAAGCUUUGGUGUAUACCUGCCCCAGCCUGUGAGAUAGAAGCCAUUAAAAUCUUGACAUAGGUUGACAGUCAAAAACUGAACCUUUCUAUGCCGGCAGCUGGGAGGGGUGCCUAACAACGCCAAGGGGACGUCACUCGCGGCCUCAUCACCACAUAUCUCCUUGUGUCCUCUCGCCCAGAAUUUCAAACUUUCAUCAUUAAAACUCAUACCUGCCCAAAGCUUAAACAAUUUCCAUCAUUUUGAUACCAAGCAUGCACCUGUACACCAAAACCGGCAGGCUGGCAGCAAAAUAAGACUAUAUACCCUCAAAUACACAAAAUUACAUUCGGACCUCCGAAAAACGGAAGUUGUAAUGGGGGUCUGUGUCCUAUCACACCAGACAGCUUUUUUCAAAAUCAAUAAUUUUUGCACCACAUAAUUCCUACCACCUCUCAACCUCACACACAAAGUUAGGGCUUGAUACAUGCAAAAACUUUGGAGUAGGAGGAAUUUAACUUGGGGUACCCUUAACUUGGAAAUGUGUCUGUUUAUCCGCUCUCAAGCACGAAGUUCAAAGCUCUGUAGUGCACAUACCGUUCAAAAUAUCUCAACCAGGUCAAAUGUCUUGGAAAGCUGGCAUGUUUAUCUGAAAGGAAAAUGAAAAAAUUUCAACGAUUAAGUAUUUUACAUUUUCCAAUAACAAACAUUUAGAAAAUUAUGGAUUUUCAAGUACAUUUUCUUGCUUACAGCAGUGCUAAGAAAAUAGUUACAGGUCAAAAGUGUCAAAAUAUAUAUCAAAAGAUAGGUAAUUUAUUUGACAAUUCACUUACAAAAUAUAAGACAUGCCUUUUAGCAACUUUGUGCAAAAUUUGACUUACAGUUGUACACGGAUUUUCAAAAUUUCACAAAAAGUCCACUUUGGUCAACAUCAAAGUAAACAUAUAUCCAAAUUGAUAUAGAAAUGCUCAUAGGCGCUGUUUCCAUGGAUAGGGCUGAAGAAGAGACUAGUAUCCCUUUUACAAACUGAUUCACAUGAUAAAACCCUUUAAAAGAACACCCACUCCACCCCCACCCCAACUGCCCUGCCUCCCCCAUGGCUGCCAUUGGUUGGUUGGCUUACUUCAACUCACAGUGCAAAAGAAUCCCACCACCUGUGUUGUUGUUUCAGGCUGCCAGUGUUGCUGCCAAUUGCAAGAGAGAAAUAGAGGGGACAAAUAAGAAUUUGCCACUUACAAAAAGAAAGCCACACAGUACAUGCACAUUGAUCAUUCAGACAUGUUGAAGGCACCUAAAAACAGGGAAAAAGUUAUACUUUUUAACCUGUAACAACACAUAAAACCUCAAAUUAUCAGUGAGAAUUUACAUCCGUAAUCAGGUUCCACACUGGGUAUUCCUGGGUGGGCAUGAGAAAUGGACAUUUCAACUGCCCGUACAUACAUAGAUGAGGCGGGGAGCUGGAGGGAUAUGUGUCAUGGCGUAGUACCAGACCAAUGAUGGACAUUCUACGUCGGCCAAGGGAGUGGAAAACUGCACCUGAUUGGUCAGGCCUUUGAGGAAGCUGAACGGCUAGCAGACCCCACUCACCUAGGUAGAUCCCAGUUCAAUAUAUGCAUAAACCAGGCAAAGUUCACUGAAGCCAUGUUUGAGAGAGAAGGUUGAAAGAGGGAAACCAAGAAGAAAGCUCAAAAGGUAUUGAACUAGGAUGUGAAAGCCAUGUAUAGCUGCCUAUUUUUUCAACUUGUGUGAGGACAUUGGAAACAUAAAAAAAAUCCCAGCUGCCCAGGGAGGUGGAUGCCACACUGGGCCAGAUACUACAACAAAAACUAGUUGAGAUGUCGCAGGAACAGAGUACUAUGUUCUGGUGGAGAAACAGACACCUGGCGGGGCAGAGGCUCAUUUUCACAAGGACAAUAUUCCAAAACAUCACAAAGUAUGCAAGAUACUUGAAAUUGACAAUUUUUGUUCCAUCGCCGUACAUAAUGUGUGAGUGCACAUGUAACUUGUCAGAGAAAAGGAUAAAAACACAUAAAAAACCUAAAGUUUCUAUGUUCUUCUUUACCCUUGGAAACAUUCCCCCACAGCUGAGAUCUGAACUCUCUAGUAUACAACUAA